UGAAACCAUCGACAUCUGCUUACGCAAAACUCUGGGCGUUCGGUGGCAAGCAGAGUAUCAGUUGACGGCACGUGGUAUUAAUUCAGCAAGCAUGUGUUCAGGAAUACAGGUUGGCGCACUACGUCGUCCAGUAGUCUUCUGCAGGCUAUCGUCCGAAAUCCGCGAUCCCCUCUGCUUGAAGUCCCUGUACCGCUGGAGGAGGGUGCGAUCCACCUUGGAAUACGCGGCCGUAGUCUGGUCUCCCCCAGGCUCCACUGCGAUGGCCAGACUGGAGAGCGUUCAGCGUAAAUUCACUCGUGUAGCUGUUCGGCGCUUCCUUUACGGUUAUCAACUUGCUCUACCUCCCUAUCCAGUCCGUUGUCGUCUUCUUGGGCUAGAUACCAUUGAGGAUAGGCAUUUCUAUAUCCGUGCUAGCUUCAUUGCAGGUCUCCUGUUAAAUAAAUUUGAUGUCCAUUCUCUCCUGCCUCCUGAUGUUCUCCCUUUAUGCUCCUUCCCGUCGCCUCCGCGAUAGACCUCCUUUUUAUAUCCCAUCCCGUCACACCCGCUACGGUUCGAACGAUCCUCUGCUAUGAGCUUUAUCGGCUUUCAACAAGUGCUUUCACCUGUUCGACUAUAAUGUUCCCUUGUCUCGUUUUCGUGUCCGUCUUCGUGAAGCCUCUUUCCUUGCCACCUAAUCCUACUGUCAUCCUCGCUUUUCCUUGAAGUGUUAAAGAAAAUUGUUGAACCAUCAUUGGCGGACAAUAAGAAAUAAAUAAAUAAAUAAAUAAAUAAAUAAACUCACGGAGGACGACAAUUCUAUCAGCCAGCGGUGCAAAGGACCAUAUAUGGCAGUACUCUACCAGAAAGGAGCUCAUGAGCGACCCAUUCGGUACGGGAGUUGUGGAUGAGCAGAGCUGGAUCAAGUGGAGCCGUCGAUAAGGAGGAAUGCACCCCUUGGAUCGAGCUUCCUGGGAUCGAAUUAAUGAUCUGGUCAUGUCUCAUAGACAGGCGCAAUAGAGCAGGUCAAAAAGAGUAGCCUUCCGUAACGCAGACGUUUGAAGUGCU